ACAUCUACACUGAAAAGAUCAUAUAUCAGUCGAUUUACUUUGUUUUCAAUGGCGAAUCCGGUUAUAAUUGCUUCAAUGUUUGCCAAUAUAAAUUUGGUUCCGGUUCUCAACAAUACAAAUUUUAAGGAUUGGAAAGAGAAUAUGGAGAUAUUUCUUGGAUGUAUGGAUCUUGACCUCGCGUUAAGGAUUGAGAAACCCCCUCCUCUUACGAUCAAAAGUACUUCUGACGAAAUGAUAGAAUAUGAAAAGUGGGACCGUUCAAAUCGCAUGAGUUUGAUGAUCAUUAAGCGUGGCAUUCCAGAAGUCUUUAGAGGUGCUAUAUCAGAAGAAAUUACAAGUGCUAAAGAUUUUCUUAUUGAAAUUGAAAAGCAUUUUGCAACAAAUGAUAAGGCGGAAACGAGUGCACUUCUUCAGAGCUUGAUUUCCAUGAAAUAUCAAGGCAAAAAGGAAAUGUGAGAGAAUACAUCAUGGAAAUGUUGAGCAUUGCUUCAAAACUUAAGGUGCUAAAACAUGAGUUGUCAGAAGACUUACUUGUACACUUAAUUUUGAUCUCUCUUCCUUUAGAGUUUAAACAAUUUAAGGUUUCUUAUAACUCUCUUAAGGAAAAAUGGUCUCUUAAUGAGCUCAUUUCAUAUUGUGUACAAGAAGAUGAGAGACUAAAGCAAGAAAAUGUUGAAAGUAUUUACUUAAUCGGUCCAUCACAAAAGAAACAAAGGCAGUCUGGUAAAUGUUUCUUUUGUAAUAAAGUUGGACACAUAAAGAAGAAAUGUACAAAAUAUCAUGCUUGGCGUGCAAAUAAAGAGUUAUCCAAGCAACCAAAAGAUAAUUGAUUCUGAAAGAUGAAUUUAUGUUAGAGAUGGAAAAUUGGUA